AGAAAGAAGCUUCAGCUCGGUCGGCAUAUGAUCCGCCUCGCUGCGCAGUGGUCUGGAUUUCUAACAUGGAUCUGGAAGCUGUCACGGCCACAAUAUUUUCUGAAUGGGAUAACCUUGGCAGUGUUUCUGGGGAAAGUCGGGAGGCCGUCUGUCCGGACUCCCCCCUGGAUUCUUCGCUGUGCUCCUCGCCGGAGCGUUGCUACCCCGUCUCCCAACAGGAGAUUGAGGAUUUAUCCUUUGGUUGCACCGGGCGCAAAGGGACUCCGCCGGGCCAAAGGCAAAGCAAAGCAAAGAUGUCCGUGAAAAGGCGCAUGAAGGCCAGCGAGAGGGAGAAGAUGCGGAUGAGAAGCCUGGCAGAGGCUCUGCACCAGCUCCGCGACUACCUCCCGCCGGACUACAACAAGAGAGGCCAGCCCCUGACCAAGAUCCAGACGCUUAAAUACACCAUUGAGUACAUCAACAAGCUCUCAGACAUCCUGAGCCGUGCGUAACGAAGGCUACGUGGACCGCUUUUACGCAGCACGUCAGCUCUCACCCGGACCCCAUUCCGAACUCAAAAGUUUAAUUUUUCAUCACAAUAACUGGAGAUCUCUUUUACUUGACCCCUUUUUUUUGUUGAAUUUUUAUGUAAAUAUUGUUUGGGCACUUGGGAAAGUAUGUGUAUAUGAGGCUGCCCGCGUUCUGGGAUUGUAAUUUCAGUUUAAGUUGUUUGGUUGGUACCUGAGAGAUGACUUUACCAAAACUAUUUUUUUUUAUGUUAAACAGAAUUUAAUGUUCUGUCCUUUCAGGUGGUGCAUGAGUGUUCACGUUUUGUGUUAGUAAACCCAAUAAACAUUUUGUGUUUGUGUGAAUGAAAAGGCUGCUCAAUGUUGGCUAUUCCAUGAGUUAAAGAAGCAAACUUGAAUCACGUCAUGCUCAUGUGUUCAUCUUUUGCUACUUGAUUUCUUUUGCAAAUAUUUUUCUCAAUAAAACCAUUUGUUUGAAAUUGUGGUUUAGUCCGGACCAAUUACCCAUCUGCACGUCGUUAUGAACUCAAAUAAAUCUAUAUUAUUUUGUUCAAGAUCUAGUUUUCUGGUUUUUAAUGUUUAAUUUUUAGUUUUUACAUCCUCGGUUUUGGUGAUCUUCGUGAAAUUGUUGUUUUGGGGCACUUUGGACGUAUUUUUUGAUAAAUUAGGCUUCCCCCUUUUCUCAAUUUCGGCAGUUAUUUUAAUGAUUAAGGG